UCACGCCUCCUCCUGCGCUGGCACCGAGUAAAUCAGCGUACCAUGGACGCCAGAACAAGAGCCCUGGAGGUCUACGUGGACCUCAUGUCCCAGCCGUGUCGCGCCUUGCUGCUCUUCUUAAGGCACAACCACAUCCCCCACACGGUUAAGAAUGUGUUGCUGCACAGAGGAGAGCAGAAGACUCCAGAGUUCACCAAGUUAAAUCCGAUGCAAAAGGUUCCAGUGAUUGUGGACAAUGGAUUUGUCCUGACAGAGAGUGAUGCAAUCCUGAAAUACUUGGCCACUACAUACAAAGUUCCACACCACUGGUAUCCUCAAGAUCCCAAAAUAAGGGCCCGCAUCAAUGAGUAUAUGUCAUGGCACCAAACAAACACGCGGCCGCAUGCAGCAAGAGUGUUCAUUCUGGAGGUGCUUAUGCCUCGUAUGACUGGUAAUCCUCCUGAUGCUAAGAAGGUGGAGCGGGCCUUAGCAGACCUCAGUGAGACCCUUGACAAGCUGGAGUCGGUAUUCUUAAAGCAGCAGCCCUUCUUGUGUGGGGAUGAGAUCACUCUUGCUGACCUGCUAGCGAUAUGUGAACUAAUGCAGCCACUUGGUUCAGGGAGAGACGUGCUAAAGGACCGUCCAAAGCUUGAUGCAUGGAGGGAGCGGAUCAAGUCUGCAAUGAAGGACACAUUUGAUGAAGUUCACGUGUAUCUUUACCGCCUCCGCGACAAGGCCAGAUUAUAAACCAGAUUUCACUGGCUCUGGGAAGGAAGCAUGUGAAGGACACUACUUCAACAGAAAGGCAAAGCAAGCUGAUGUGAGAGUCUGCUCGGUUAAGCAAUCAGCAGUGCCAAUGAAUUGCAAAUGUGCAGAUCGAAAUUCACAAUAAAUUGAAAAUAAUUAUGUGA